UCCACCAACUCAAAGAAAGAAACAGUUCAAGAAAUGGGUGAAGCAAACGCUCAAUCUCAGAGCGAACCCUUCAUCGCAAACUCUCCACAACCAACAUUUCAGAAACACAAACACCCCAUCACCGCAAACUCACCACCACCACCACCACCACCACACUCACCAAUGUGCGAUCAUCACCACAUUCUUCAACAAAACCAAGAAGCGGUGGAGCCCACAGACUUGUUCUCCAUGAUGCACCUCUCCAACAGCAAUGUCUGCAGCAACCGUCAGCCACCCUGCUCCGCCGCCACCAACAACAACCCCAUGAAGCGCCGAUCGACGCCAUCUUCCUCCUCCUCCGGCGAGCCCUGCGCCAAGAAGCUCUUCUGCGACCAAGAGGAUCUCACCCUCUACGGCUUCUCCGCCGUCUCCAUUCCCCUCAACAUCAACCCCCUCGUCAACAAGCGCGGCUCUUUCCCCGUCCUCCGCCGCUGCGUCUCCGACCCCUGCACCCCUCCGGCGCCGUUGCCGGAACCGGAGCAAUCCACUCCACCGGAGAGAGGCUCCGGGCUGCCACCCCUACCGCCGAGAUUCCAACGGAGCGUGUCGGAUCUCUCUGUUCCUUCCCCGGACAAGGCUAUGUCCUGUUUGAGCUCUGAAGAAACCGUCGCGCCUGAUUCCGUGAGGCUGAGAAGGAUGAAGGAGCGUUUGAAAGAGAUGAGGCAGUGGUGGGAUGAAGUUAUAAAAGAUGAGAAGGAAGAUGGUGGAGAAGAAGAGUGUGCAGUUGCUGAAAAUGUCAAGGUCCUAGCUCAGGACGAUUUGGGAGGUGGAGAUUCUGAAGAAGCUGUUAGUGUUGAUUGGGCUGAACGGUGCAUAAACCUUGCGUUUAGGUGCCCGUGUGGGAAAGGCUAUGAGGUUCUCCUCUCUGAAAAUAACUGUUACUACAAGUUGAUGUAGAUGAAUAAGUAAUGUGUUUGACUCCUUUCAGUUUGGGAUCACUUCUGUUUUUAUUCUCUUUUAGUUUGGCAAAGUCUUUUUCUAUUCUCAUGUGUGGCAUUUGGUUAACCAAUGUUAUAUCACUUGCUUUCAAUAAUGUAAAUAAAAAUGUUGUGUACUAUCUCCAAGAAAUAGAGGAAAG